UUCGUCUUCGGAGUAGCUUCAAAUAUCAGACUCGGAAGACAAACAUACAUCAAAUCCUUUUAAACAUGGUUGCCAUCACCUCGUAACCUCAGCUCCCCUCGAGGUUGACGAAGCCCAGAAGCGGGCGGCAACAAGACCCACCUCAGAGCGUCAGGUUCCGUGUCCGCAGGCUUUCCCGUCCCCGCGCCUUCGAUUCCAGGCCGGGCUUCCUUGGGCGGUGUCUGGCAACCUAGCACUAGCUUCCAGGCGGCCAGGCCCCAACCUAUCUCCAUUCCACUUCCACCACCUCACUUAGCUGCCCGCGAUUCUGCCCAGGGUUUCCGCCCAGUAUUGCUCCUACCGCCUGCCCGCCACGCUACGUAGGUAGAGGAGGUGCUCUUCGUAAACUUCACAAGUUCACACCUGCUUUGGGCUUGCUGCGUAAUUCCGAUUCUUUCUAUCGUCCAUCCUUUCACUUUGGCUACUAUUUUUCUCAGUCCUCGACACCAAGUCAACUUUCCAACUUUCCCAUCCCCAGUUGUGCGCCCACGUCUUCCGACUGUAACCUCUGUUCAGCUUGCUUCUUUCCCCUGCCCAGCCAACAUUCCUGGCCGGCUUUGUUUCUGACCCCCGACCCUUUUUUUUCUAAUAUUUUUACCCCAAACCAAACAAAACCCGCCCGCCGAGGGAUCCAAGCUUGUUGCCAUCCCUCCCUGCGAGCUUCGGACUCGACUUUGGACGACAGCCGUCACAGACCUCCCCCACAUCUUUCUGCACCGCAGCGCGGUUACGGACACACAAGAUCCCAACCCGUUCUUUUGACAUCUUCUCCCGAGGAGAGGACCAACCACACCACCACGCUAGAAAUUGUCCAUGCGACUGGGCCUCCCUGUCCUGACGUCGUCUGGUCCACCACGGCAACGCAUGAGUUUGCCGAUCACCGAUAACAUCACCACCGUCGAAGCUCCCUGCCCCCCCUCCAUCGGCUGAACAGCUCCGACGCGAUCAUCCCUAUAUCCUUUCUCUCCCUACCUCGAUCACCGCCAAAUAGAAACAAUGGCUUCCGCCGCGCCCAGACGCAGAAAGGUCAUCGGUCAGCGUCGCAGGGUUGAGGACGAGGGUGAAGAGGAGGGCCCUGACACCUUGGACCUCGACGACGACUCGGUCACAGAAGCCUCCAUCGCAAGCGACGACCACGACCUCGCUGAUAACGACAGCGACACUAGCAAUGUCGACGAGGUCUCUCCCUCCUCCCCCAAACUUCACAAGCAUGUCGGCAAUGGCGCCGCGAAAGCUGGAACCAGGCGCCGCGCGAGCGACACGGCUGUCGCCAAGUCUGGCGAGAAGCCCACCGUGACGGAUACGGAAAUUAUGCUACAUGGACUAUCACUGGCCGACAAGGAUGGCGAGGUUGAGGAAGUCGACUUUGAUAAAGUUCAGCAUCAUGAGAAAGGCCCUGCUGCCAAGGACCCCGCGGCGCCUGUCGUCGUGAGCUCGAACUCUGUCACAAAGCAGUCGCGCGUCCUCCCACACGAACAGAAACGGCGCUCGGAACAUGAAGAAUACCGGCGGAAGAGGGACGAAGACCCGACCUUUGUGCCCAACCGGGGUGCUUUCUUUCUACACGAUCAUCGUCAUGCUGGACCGGCCGCGAACGGCUUCCGCCCAUUUACUCGACCAGGCCGUGGAAGGGGUGGUGGACGAGGUGGUGGGCUUGUGGGCCCAUUCACGUCUGUAAACCCACCUAGCAACCCCUCCGACCCCACGACGAGCGGGCCUUGGGCUCACGAUAUGCACGAAGAGGUCGCCGGCCCUCGCCCUCAACGACAGCAGCCACCCAGAUACAUGCCUGACGAUGAAGGUCCUCCAAAUGGAAACGGUGUCAUACACAACGCGCCACUGAGCAACACCCAUAUCAACCGGGCCAUGUCCUGCGUCAAGCCCCUUGGCAACGUAACCGUCCGCGUCUUCAUCCCCAACAUCAGCCUUGGGCCCAAAAGCUUCCCUAGCAUACCCUUGAAACAGUACACGAAGCUUCCCGAUCAUCGUCCGCCUCUGCGAAGGGAUAAGCCCGUCAGGAUCUCCAUACCAUACCACAAUUUCCCUGUGAUGCCUCGCUAUAUCUUCCCGGCUAGCGAUAGAUCAUUCAUCUUCAUCCCGCGCGCUUUGCGCCCGAACAACCAGCGCGGUCGCGGCAAGGGCCCGCGUUCUGCCUAUGGUUCCAUUGGGGGCUUCUCUCGCAGGACUAGUGUGUUUGGAGGAAGCUUCUACGGCAGCGCCUAUUCACCUAGCAUUGCUAUGAGUCGACGAUCAUCGAUUGGCAGAGACUUUAUGAUGUCGCCGACGGGCUCUGUAAUCUCCCGGCCACCUCUUCCUGUUGACGCCAACAGACCCGUUGUCCGUCUGCCACCGCACGUACAGCAGCAGCCAACGAUGGUCGCAACCCAAAAUAUGCCCAUGAUGGAGCCGUCCAUCAACAACAUCCCACAGCCGCAAAUCCAUCCUCUCCCACAAAAGCCUGCUUUCCAGGACAGCACUGGCACCGCUAUCCCCAUGCAUCAACCGCGUCCCCAGAAGUCUGUGUCGGUUGAGAACAUCGAGACGCCAGCGCACCCAACGGCUGCUGCACCUCCAGCUUAUCAACAAGCUUUCCAUCAGCAAGUUCCUCCUCAAUUGGAAUCGCAUGCUCGGAACCCAUCAUACCAGUCCCAGGUUUCGACGACUCCCCUUUCACAGAUUCCCGAGCGAGCUAUCCAUGCCGCUCCAUUCCAGCCCAACACUUUCUCACAGCCCGGUUUCUACGCCCAGCCGGUGCAGAUGAUGCCUCCUCAGCAGGGAUACUAUUAUCCUCAGGGAAUGGGCACCGAUAUGCAGCCGAAUGCAGCGGCGCCCGCUUUUAUUCCUGGAGGGGUUCCGAUGCCUCAGCCUAUGGGAUACACAACAUCUGGGCCAGUCGACCCAGUAGCGGCCGCGAAUGCUCAGGCCAGUGGGCAAAACGGUGCCUCGCAAGGUCCUGUCGCCCAAGAAAUCAACGGUAUGGUGUACUAUUAUGAUCCGAACACGCUUCCUGCCAUGGUUACAUACCCCCAGUAUCCAGCUGCAGCGCCGGCCUAUGGAGGUCCUGGCGUGGUUGGGAUGGGAGGCAUGAUGGCUCCCGGGCCAGAUGCCUUCUAUUAUCAACCGCCGCAGCCGGGAAUGGUUUACUAUGCUCAAUAGGACGCGGCAUGGUGGCUUGAUGGUAGCUGAUCGGGUUGACAAGUGGAUGGCUGGGAUAUCUGGGAAGGGCUGCUCGAAUACCUGUCUGCUCAUGGAUGGUCGGAUGCUUUUCAAAAGGAGAGGUUUCAGGCAACUGCGUUGUCGUUUGAGAAACCACAGACGAAUUCUGUGGAUGGACAUGGGAGAUGACGACCAGUAAUGGAGCACAGCAUCACACAUUCAGUGUUGGGUCUGUCCUCAGCGUUGAAGGGUGCAGAAUCUCCAUGAUUAUCCCAAGCAAUCCAACCACCUAACGUACCUACCUAUUGCUUCCAUUAAUGCACGACUGCGUUCGUCUUACCUCCAACCUCUUUGAGUUAUUGAUGAAUCCCACGAUCAGGUGUAUUUUUUUCUUGUCCAGGUGGCCAUGUAUGUUUUCAGGUUUCUAUAGCGGGUCGGUCAGGUGGUUUCGGCGGCGGCGGCGGCAGAAUUGUUUUGUUUCUUUACCCGUGUUGUGUUAUAUUGCAAGCGACUUGAUGUUUGGUCGUGAUAUUUUGAUGUCUAUUCUCUUGUACGACAAUAUCAUUGCAUUGCUGGCGACGGCCAAUUUCCAUGUUAGAGGUACAUGCGGAUGAGUCCUCUUUUCGCGUGCUUCGGUCAGCCUUUGCAUGCUUCUUGUUGACAUGUCUCAUGCGCAAGUGGUUUUAGACUCUCUCUGGAACUCUCUGCUACGAUCGUAGGUGUUUUGAUAUGGCGUUUGUCGAGCAUGGCCUUCUCCUGAAAAGAGGACUCUCCUCGUAAGCCGCCCUGUACAAUAUUUG